AUGAAGAACUCUUACCCAAUUUCAGCCCUUUGGGUCUUCUUCUUCUCCCUCUCCUUUUUCUCUAAACCCUCUUUCCAGCAACCUCCUCCGCCCCUACCAAACCCUAGACUCCUUAAUGCUUACAUAGCCCUCCAAGCAUGGAAGCACGCCAUCACCUCCGACCCAAAAAACUUCACUUCCAACUGGUAUGGCCCUAACGUCUGCAACUACACCGGCGUCUUCUGCGCCCCCGCCCCCGACGACCCCAGCCUCACCACCGUCGCCGGAAUCGAUCUCAACCAUGCCCGCAUCGCCGGCUCCCUCCCCGAUGACCUCGGCCUCCUCUCCGACCUCGCCCUCUUCCACAUCAACUCCAACCGCUUCUCCGGCACCUUACCCCACACCUUCGCCGACCUUCGCCUCCUCUACGAACUCGACGUCAGCAACAACCGACUCUCCGGCGAGUUCCCGGCGGUCGUUCUCCGUCUCCCUUCUCUCAAAUUCCUCGACCUCCGAUUCAACAAGUUCAAUGGCAGCAUCCCGAACCAACUCUUCAGAUUGAAACUCGACGCGCUGUUCAUUAACAACAACAAGUUUAAGUCCUCGUUGCCGGAAAAUAUAGGGGACUCGCCGGUUUCCGUGGUGGUUUUUGCGAAUAACAAGUUUGGCGGUUGUGUUCCGGCGAGUUUAGCGAGAAUGGGAGGUACGCUUAAGGAGAUUAUACUCAUGAAUGCUGGUUUGAAGGGGUGUGUGCCGCCGCAGAUUGGGACGUUGAAAGGGGUGACGGUUUUUGAUGUGAGCUCCAACGAGUUGGUGGGGGAGUUGCCGGAAUCGAUGGGGGAGAUGAAGAGGUUGGAGCAGCUGAAUGUGGCCAACAAUAGACUGUCGGGGGAGAUUCCGGCGAGUGUGUGUUCGUUGCCCAGGUUGAAGAAUUUCACGUAUUCUUAUAAUUAUUUCACCGGUGAGCCACCCGUGUGUCUCAAGUUGCCGGACAAAAACGAUCGGAGGAAUUGUCUGCCGGGUAGGCCGUUGCAGCGGUCGCUAGAGGAAUGCGCAUCCUUCCUCCAACAUCCCGUGAAUUGCUAUGUCUUAGGCUGCCUGCCACCGCCGCCGCCGCCAUCACCGCCACCACCCUCUCCUCCACCACCAUCACCCCCGCCUCCACCUCCACCUCCACCACCUCCUCCUCCGCCACCCCCACCACCACCUCCUCCUCCGCCACCCCCACCACCUCCUCCUCCUCCUCCCCCACCGCCCCCACCUCCUUCUCCGCCACCUCAUCAUCCAUAUCAAUAA